UGAGUCAAAGAGGUGGAUCUGUUACUAUUUAUUGUACUGUUGAGGGGCAGUCUUUGCUUGCCUGACGCAGUUCACCGUUCUCAGUGAAAUUUCCGCGUGUCUCCUAAAAUUGUUCUGCAAGAUGUCUAAAGAUAUUCCACGUGAACCAGAGCAGCUUCGUAAGUUGUUCAUCGGAGGGUUGAGCUUCGAGACCACAGACGAAAGCUUACGAGCCCAUUUCGAACAAUGGGGUAGUCUUACUGAUUGCGUGGUCAUGAGAGAUUCCAACAAUAGGAGAUCCAGGGGUUUUGGUUUUGUCACCUACUCAUCCGUGCAAGAGGUCGAUGCUGCUAUGGCUGCCCGUCCCCAUAAGGUGGAUGGAAGAGUGGUUGAACCCAAACGUGCUGUCUCCAGAGAGGACUCCAACCGACCAGGUGCUCAUGUAACAGUGAAGAAAAUAUUUGUUGGGGGUAUUAAGGAGGACACUGAGGAACAACAUAUGCGUGACUAUUUCCAGCAAUUUGGCAAGAUUGAAGUCAUUGAAAUUAUGAAUGACCGUAAUACUGGAAAGAAGCGAGGCUUUGCUUUUGUGACUUUUGAUGACCAUGAUGCAGUCGACAGGAUCGUCAUUCAGAAAUAUCAUACCAUUAACUCCCACAAUUGUGAAGUCAGAAAGGCCCUCCCACGGCAGGAUAUGCAGUCCUCAGGAAUGCGAGGAGGAUUUUCAGGUGGUCGGAGUGGCGGUGGCGGCGGUGGUGGAAGACCCUAUGACUAUGACAGAGGUUAUAACCAAGGCAGCAGGGGUAGAUAUGGAGAUAGCCAUUACAACGGCAAUGAUGGCUAUGGAGGUGGCCCCGGAGGUGGAUAUAACAAUGGAGGGAGUCGCGGUUAUAACCAGGGCUACAACCAGGGAGGCGGCGGUGGAGGCUAUGGUGGAAAUAACUAUGACAGCAAUGGUUACGGCCACUGUGGAGGAGGAGGGGGUGGCAACUACAACAUGGGUCACUAUGAUUCCCAGUCGUCUAACUUUGGCCCAAUGAAGAACAGCUUUGGUGGCGGUGGUGGCGGCAGGAACUAUGGUGGGUAUGGAGGAAGCUCAAACAGUGGCUAUGGACGUCAAGGACGAUUUUGAAGUGAUGGAGGCUGAGUACUUAGGAGAGGAAAUGACAGCAAGAGGAGAGCAAGGAGAGGAAAUGACAGGGCAGCGGCAGGUGUACCUCCUAAAUCUGCUCAGCCAAUCAUGUGGCAGGUUACUGUUGCUGCAAGAGAUGUAUACUAGAGUUAAAAAAAAUCUUGGAGGGUCUUCAAUUAAGCGUUUUUGUCUUUUGAUUUUUUUUCCCCUUCUUUUUGUAAUUAUUUUUUUUUAAUCUGUUACUGCAAAGUCAGCAUUCCAAUGAGGGUUUUAUGUAGAUAUUUUGUCCUUAAUCUCUGGUUUUAUUUGUAAAUGCAUCAAAGUUGAGCUGAAAUAAACAACCUUUCAGUCUUUUUACAAA